AAAGUUGGAAAAAGUCGUUAGGAAUUGCAUUAAAAGCAAAUGAUUAUAUUUGCCAUCUUCAUUUUAAAGAAGAAAAUAUAAAUAUGUACGAAAAGUUAACUAUUAAAGGAGAGCUCAAAUAUAUUCCUACACAAAGAAAAACGCUUAAGGAAGAAGCUGUGCCCACGAUUGAGCAUCAGUUUAUUCCCAUUCCCGAACAUGAACUCCAAGCCAAUACUAUUCACAUAGAGGAAUCUUUCGAACCAUACCCCAAUCAACCUAAGGACGAGCAGCAACAACAAAUCAAUGCCGAGCAACAGGAAUUAUCAGAAGAUCAAAAUGAUUCUAAUAAUUUAAUGGAUUAUGAAAUGAUACAACAGGACUUUGCGGAACCAUUGUUUAGUCAAUAUCAGGAUACUAAUGUAACAAUAAAUCCAAUAGAGAAUUUUAAAAGUAAGUUUCGGGCAUUUUCGUUGUUGCCGCCUUUUUGGCUACAUGCAGAAAAUCCUAAUGGGCUGGUAUUUAUGCGAAUGGAUCCAAAAACUCAGAAGAUUAAACAUCAUAUACGUUUAAACGAUGAUCUAACUGUCACUGUAAUUUUUCCCAAUAAUGAACAAUUGCCACUAAAGGAGAAAAUUAAUUCAUAUGACAACACCUACGAUUACUUAAAAUCGGUUGAAAGAUGGCCUUUGUGCGUUGGUACUCAGAUUGACGAUUAG